UUGACUCUCAACGAGAAGCAUGCAAACCAUAGUCCUCCUGUGUCAACGGAGGGUCUUUCAAACCUUACGUCGAACACUUGCUAUCCACCAAAGUCAUCCUGCUUUCCACUAUUGCACCCAAACACCAAUCAAUUCGUGCGACAACAGUUCGGAAUCAGACAGAAAAGAAGAAGAACCAAAGAGCUUAAGUUGGAGGAUCGAGAGGCUACCAAAGGGAGAGUCGGUUGGCUCUGCCUUCCAGAGCUGGAUGGGUGAUGGCUUCCCCAUUCAUAGAGGCCAUAUUUUCCACAUAAUCAACCGUUUAAGGAAGCUCCAAUCAAACAAACGUGCGCUUCAGGUGAUGGAAUGGGUGAUCAGGGAGAGGCCGUAUAGGCCAAAAGAACUAGACUACUCCUAUCUAUUGGAAUUCACAACUAAGCUUCAUGGGGUAUCACAAGGCGAGAGCCUCUUCUCUCACAUCCCAACCAAGUUUCAAAAGGAUUUGCUCUACAACAAUCUUGUAAUUGCAUGCUUAGAUAAGGGCAUGAUAAGCCUUUCCAAUGCAUACAUGAAGAAAAUGAGAGAACUGGGUCAUCCCAUCUCGCACUUGGCUUUCAACCGUCUCAUUAUUCUUCAUUCCUCCCCUAGCCGUAAGAAAAUCAUUCCAAAAAUCCUCACUCAAAUGAAAGCUGAUAGGGUGGCACCCCAUGUUUCCACUUAUAACAUUCUUUUGAAAAUGGAAGCUAAUGAACACAACAUUGAAGGCUUGGUAAAGGUGUUUGGUGACAUGAAGCGAGCAAAAGUUGAGCCAAAUGAGGUAUCUUACUGUAUAUUAGCCAAUGCACAUGCUGUGGCACGGUUUUACACUGUGUGUGAGGCCUAUGUUGAAGAGGUAGAGAAGUCUAUGACGGGAAAUAACUGGUCAACAUUAGAUAUCCUUGUUAUACUGUAUGGAUAUUUGGGGAAGAAAAAGGAGCUAGAACGAACUUGGGGCAUUGUGCAAGAACUUCCACAUAUUAGGUCUAAGAGUUUUAUUCUGGCAAUAGAAGCAUAUGGUAAGAUUGGAGAGCUAAGUCGAGCCGAAGAGAUUUGGGCAGAAAUGAAGUCAAAAAAGGGGUUGAAAUCAACUGAUCAGUUCAACUCAGUGAUAUCAGUUUACUGCAAACAUGGGCUUAUUAGUAAAGCCACUGGACUGUAUAGAGAAAUGGAGAGCAGUGAAUGCAAACCAAAUGCCAUAACUAUUAGACAUCUUGCGUUGGGUUGCUUGAAAGCGGGUUUGAUGAAGGAAGCUCUGAAAACUCUGAACUUGGGGAUGGAUCUGACGACAAGCACCAGGGUCAGGAAAUCAACCCCAUGGCUAGAGACUACAUUUUCAAUAGUUGAAAUUUUUGCAGGGAGGGGUGAUGUAGAAAAUGUUGAGAAGUUGUUUGAAGAGUUGAAGAAAGCAAAUUAUACUAGGCACACUUUUGUUUAUAAUACCUUGAUUAAAGCUUAUGUUAAGGCCAAGAUUUAUGACCCAAAUCUUUUGAGAAGGAUGAUUCUAGGAGGGUCUAGGCCUGAUUCUGAGACCUAUAACCUGUUGAAACUCAUUGAACAGUUUCAAGCCUGAUGGUAAUUACUAUAGACCUGUUGUAUUCUAAUUCUUUUCCCAUUGUUUCUCCCAGAAACAAAAGAUAAUCAAUGUUAUUGAAAGAAAAUAAAAGGAAAUUUGGAGGAUGAUCAUGCAGCGGGUGGCUCUGAAAACUAAUGGUAUAAUUUUCGAUUAUUCUUCUUCUGCUUGCUACCAUGUGAGGAUAUGUUGUAAUGCUGGGAAAAAAAUUCAGAUUCUGCUCAUUGGCUUUUAGGGGUUUGUUAUAUCGGAGAUGCUGA